AUGAAGAGUUUGGCCCAAAGACGCCAGUCUGCACCAUCUUUGAUCUUUGUCAAAGCACUUAACAGGUCUAGAUCCGUCUCAAGGGAAGGCUGUUUCUCCCCCAUCAGCCCAGAGGCUUGUCCCCUCGUGCAGUCCUUCAUGUGCCACAACCGAAUGUUUAUCCUCGAUGGCCACGUGCAGCUGAAGACAGGCCUGCAGACCCAGGAGCGACACCUUUUCCUUUUCACYGACCUCCUGGUUGUUGCCAAGUCCAAGUCACAUUCUCAUUUCAAACUGAAGUGCCAAGCACGUCUCUGUGAGAUGUGGACAGCAUUUUGUACAGAAGAAGUCUGUGAGGGCAGCACAGACCCAGAAAGGUCCUUUGUUUUGGGCUGGCCCACCACAAACUGUGUGGUGAAUUUCAGAUCUGCCGAUCAAAAGGAAACAUGGCUUUCUUUUUUGCAAAGUCGAAUAAGAGAAGAGAAGGAGAAAGACUAUCCUAAAAGUAUUCCCCUGAAGAUAAUUGCAAAGGAUGUUGGAACUUGUGCAUAUUCAAAGACCCUAGCUGUAACCAAUGCUGAUACAGCAAAUGAUGUAAUUCUGAUGGCCCUACAGCAGCUGGGAAUUACUGGCUCUGAAAAAGAUUACAAGCUCUGGGUGAUUUCCGGAAGAGAAGACGCUCCUUACCCUCUUAUUGGACACGAGUACCCCUUUGGAAUUAAGAUGAGCCACCUCCGCGACGCGAUGCCCCACGGAUCCAAGCCGUGCGCGUGCCCGCGGCAGCUGCAGGGCUCCUUCCUCACGGAGCAGCUGCCCCAGGAGCUGCAGUGCCAGUUCGUGCUGAAGCCGAGCCGCCGGGCCCCGGGCCAGCAGCUGAGCGAYUUAAGCCAAAAGUCGUUUAAAAGGAAAAGAUCUAUCAUAAAUUGGGCUUUUUGGCGUGGCCCAGGCACUCACUUGGACAACGCACCUCUCUCCUCAACAUCUGCUGCUCCUGGGAAGCUCUUUGGCCUCUUGCUAACAGCCAUCUGUGAGGAUGACAACCUGCCCAAACCUCUCUUGGACAUGCUUUCCCUGCUUUACCAAGAGGGCCCUUCCACUGAGGGUAUCUUCAGGCGCUCAGGAAGUGCAAAAACCUGCAAGGAACUCAAGGAGAAGCUUGAUUCAGGAGCUGAAGUGGACUUAGCCUGUGAAUCCAUAUUUGUGACAGCAUCUUUGUUUAAGGAUUUUCUACGCAACAUCCCAGGCAGCAUUUUGUCAUCCCAACUCUGUGAUAAGUGGAUCUCCGUGAUGGAUCAAGGGAAUAAUGAAGAGAAAAUAAAAAACAUCCAAAGGUUAAUAGAGCAGCUCCCCAGAGCUAAUGUGGUUCUGUUACGUUACAUCUUUGGAGUACUGCACGGGAUAGAGAUGCGAUCUGAAGAGAACCAGAUGAACGCGUUUAAUCUGGCUAUCUGCAUUGCACCUAGCCUGCUCUGGCCUCCUGUUUCCUCCACUCCUGAUUCAGAAAGUGAAUUCACAAAAAAGGUUUCUAGUCUGGUGCAGUUCCUCACUGAGAAUUGCUGCAGGAUAUUUGGAGAGGAAAUUACCUCCCUCUUUGGAGAAAUACUUAUGACAUGCAAGAACAGAGAGAAUGGCUCAGAUGUUGCUUCCCUCCAUCUGAAUGACUCUUCCUAUGACAGUCUGGAAAAUGAGCCRAAUGAUGAAGCCGACUCCUCAUCUAGCGACUGGAUUAAGAACAGAGAUCAGGACAACAGGAGCAGGGAGUCUGUCUUUACUCUGAGUGAUGGUGAUUCAGAGCAAACAGAGGUGGAUGAAAUCCGGAACAAAACCAAAUCAAAACAGUUGACCGUUUCUGUUGACGUACACCAUAAGUUUUCAUCACAAGAAAACUCGGAGAAGGAAUCUCUGUGCUCCAGCGCAUUGGGCUUCUCUUCAGCAACUACCUCAGGUGCUCUUAAAACCCCGAGGAGACACAGGCGCUCCUCAGAGCCCACAAUUGGCCUUCUGGCCCCUGGUUUCACCCGCCUCAGUGAAACCUGCGAUAAGGCGGCGCGCAAAGCCAGUUGUGACGUUUUCCUGUCUCACGAAGAUGAAGACUAUCUCCACCAGCUUCGUUCAUUACAGAUGGAAGGGCAAAAGCUUAUCAAUCAAAGCUUGAUUAUAGGGAUUAAUGUGGGCAAAAGUGACAACMUGAGGCAAAACAUAGAAAAGAAGGACCUGUCCCAUUGCCUCCUGCCUCCAAACCCAGAGGGGUUAAAUAUUUGCUCAGGAUUUAGCUCUUCUAGCUUAUCUUCUCCUGGGACAUCUCCAUCUUUGUCAUCAAUGAGCUCCCUGGACAGUGCUUUCUCUCAGUUUUCAGACCAAUCUGUAUUUACCCCAACUGAAACCUCCUCCCCUUUGGAUAGCACUUUCCAGUUGCUAAAGAAACACGAAGACGCUGCUACUGAAGCAGGUGAUGACUAUUUGGUUAAGCCCACUGGGGUGCCAGCACCUCCAAAACCUACCGAWGCUUUGGUUGAGGAGGGCUCGGUGGAGACCAACAGCAGGCCUAUGAAACCUACGGAAGCAGCGGAUGGCUAUUUGGUUACGUCUGACAUUGAGCCCUUACCUCUGAGAGUCACGGGAAGAGACAGACUAGAUCCAAGAUCAAAGAGGAGGUUGAGAAGAGCACUGCAGCAAUCCAAAGUCUGAAGAGAUCGACCAAAGCUUUUUCAGAAGGAACCUUACGCUUAAAAUAAACACCAUGAAAAAUGCCUUUGGUGUUAAUGUGUGUUCAAUUUAAGUUUAAUAUCCAGGCUGUUUAAAUAUAAUUGAGCAGUCCCAGGAUUCAUGGGUUUUCUUUUUAUCUUAGGGAAUUGUUAAAGUAAUUUUCCCAUGUAAAGUUUUGCAAGACUAUUGUAAGAAUAACAAAAACUGUUAAAGAGCCAAGAAACAGAAUGCUCCCUAAAAUCUGAAAAGGUCCCAGGAAAUGCUUAAGAGAAGUAUCCUGUUCCCUGGCCCCGCYGGGGCCGCCGGGUGCUUGCUGGGACUCUCCCCUUGACUACUCGUGUGUUGAGCCUUGCGGAUGUGAGUCCCAGUCUUUGUGGUUUUGACGUAGCGUGCAAAGUCAGCCUAGAUCCCAUAACUGUGGUAUUAUACUACUGGUCUGAAACGGAUAGUUAUUACUUCCCUUGUCCUCCAAGGAGUAAGUGUGUUGUUUUCUGUAUGUUUAUACAGUAUGUUUGAUAGGUGUAGGUAUUUCUUUCACACUGCAAAAGAAAGAAAGAAGGAAAGAAAGAAAGAAAAAGCUCAUAAAUAUGUAAAGUUAAAUGCCGAAGCUUGUAACUAACACCUCCCAACUCUGCGUGUUUCAUUUAUUGUGCUGUUGGCUGUUCUGUUCAUAUUUAAGUUGUGAAUAGUUUCUUAACAUGGCUGUAAAUGGCAUUAUGUAUUAUUCCAAGCAGAACACAUGUAAUUUUAUUAUGCAGCAUUUAAAACAUCAUAUAA